UCCCACCUAAUAAUAAAGAGUACAAAUAUAAUAAAGAUAUGGCAGAUAGCAGUCCAGUUCUGCAAAUCGUAUUUCAGAGAAGGCUUUGUGCUCAUCUUGCUAAUUUCAAGGUGUGCUAAUUUCUGUCUGCAAAGCACAGAAAUCAGUCAUGCGGCAGUUGCUCUGUGAUGGAAAAGGAGAGGAAUGAAUGCCAAGGAAUGAAACAGCACCUGUUACUAACUAUCCUAAACCAGGAAAGGUUGAACAUGAGUAAAGUAUUCCCACACAUGUUCAGUUCUGGAAAAUGUUCGGGAUUGAACGAAGACUUAAAGUGUGGGUUUAGGCAGAUGCCUCGUUCGCUCCGUGCUCCGUGACCGAAAACUACACGGAGCAAACAUUUUAGUAUGCGAUUGGGCUUGUGCAUCCACACUCCAGCAGGUUUCUCAUCCUCUGGUUUAAAAAAACUGAUGCUGUUACAGGUGCUUCUCCAACUGCAGGACCGCCCUUCGCGUACGCACAAUGACAACCGAAGAUUAGAAAAGAUCAUAGCGCAAGGUGUAAGCAAACCAACUUCGGCACCGCAGAUCGGCUCUCGAGCGGGGAGCAUCUCCUCCACGACCCUUGCUAGGGGCGAUCGUCCCAGGGACAACCGCAACCGGAGAGUCGUCCUAUUUGGAAAUUCCUCGCUUUCAACGGCAACGGUCGCCCGCCAGGAGGAGAAGACACCCGAUCUCCUCCUCCUCCUCCUCCCUCUCUCACUCUCACCGCUUGAGAAGAGGGCGGGGGCAUUUCGGUGCUCAGGCCCCUCCCCACCGGUGCGUGCUCAGCUUAGGCCCAGCUGCCUUGAGCCAGGCGGGCAGGCAGGAGCGGAGACCAGCGCGAGAGGACGCGCGAGGCAGCCAGCCGCGAGCGCGGAAGGGAGUCUCUUUCAGGAGCUUGGAUACGGCCGUCCGGGCAGGGCCGCGAAGGAAGGGCGCCGGGGAGGAGCCGUAGCGCGGCGGCGGAGGAGGAGCCGCUGCAGCCCCAGCCUGCGUGCGUCAGGUCCUGCGGGCAACUCGGCAAAGUUCAGCGAAGGCAGGAAAGCGGCGCCUUUGAGGCGAGAGAAGAGGCGAGCCCAGCCCAGCCCGGAGCGAGGUCGGAGCGGGGGGGCUUUCCCAGUCCUUGCUUUAGAGGGUGCGAAGGCAUCUCCCCGGGGGAAAAGUUUUUGGCGGGGCCGGGAGCGGACGGCUGGAUAGGAGGCGCGGGUCCCAUGGAGGGACGGGAGCUUCAGGAACAGCCGCCCGAGCCGGAGGGACGCCAAGGCGUGCAGCCCUGAGCGGCGGCGCACGGUUCCUGGAGUCUCCAUGGGUGCCGGCGGCGUGCUUUAGGGAGGCAGGCGGGCGCCCGACUCGAUGCCGUCAUGGCCAAAUGGCUGAACAAAUACUUUAGCCUGGGCAAUAACAAGACCAAGAGCCCUCCGCAACCGCCCCGUCCGGACUAUCGGGACAAGCGGAACGGCACGGCGGGAGCGGGAGGCGGAGGGCAUCACAACCACAACCAUCACCACCAUCACCACCACCACCACACGUCGCCGUGCUUCCCGCGCCACGACACCAGCGACCUGCUCCGCGCCUACCGCGCUCAGAAGGAGCGCGACUUCGAGGACCCUUACAGCGGGCCGGGCUCAUCGCUGCGCAAGCUGAGAGCGCUCUGCCGACCCGAGUAUUGUGCGCCGGAGGAGCUGCUGGUGGAGUCGGCCGGUCCCAAACCCUUCUCGUCCUCGUCCUGCUGCGGAGGCGGCGGCGGCGGCGGAGGAGGAGGCAGCAGCGGCGGGAGCAGCGCCGCCGUCGCCUCUGCCCCCACCCCCACAGCUUCGCCUCAGCUCUUCCGCAGCCACAGCGAACGCCGCGCUGCCACCCCGCCCGACUCCGCGUCGGUCAAGUACAUUUCCCCCAAGCACCGGCUAAUCAAAAUAGAAAGCAACGAAGGUGGUAAGGGCGGCAGCGGCGUCCCCAUCACCUGGAGCCCGCCGGGAAUUGGCGGAGCCGGACAGAAGAAGCUCAACAAGUGUGGCGAACAAGGGGAGGGCGGCGGUGGCAGCGUCUCUUUAACCAAAAAGGAGAAAGUUUUAAUAGCUGAUGACUAUUCAGACCCAUUUGAUGCCAAGAGUGAAAUCAAUAAAAUGGGCAAAGGAGAAAACACUGGCUAUAUGGAGCCAUAUGAAGCUCAGAGGAUCAUGACAGAGUUACAGAGGCAAGACAAUGUGAAGCCCCAGCAAAAAGACAUCCAGCUGUAUGACACACCUUACGAACCUGAAGGCAACUGUGUGGAAUCUGAUUCAGAAAGUGCUGUGAGUCAACGCCUGAGAGAGAGCAAGUUGCCACAGGAUGAUGAUAGGCCUGCAGAUGAGUAUGACCAACCAUGGGAAUGGAAUAAGGUCACCAUUCCUGCUUUGGCAGCCCAGUUCAACGGGGGAGAGAUAAGGCAAUCUUCACCUUCCCCAUCUUCAAGUGAUCGGCGCCGACAGCUUCGGGCACCAGGGGGAGGCUUCAAACCCAUCAAACAUGGUAGCCCAGAAUUCUGUGGAAUCUUGGGGGAGAGAGUGGAUCCGACUAUUCCACUGGAAAAACAGAUAUGGUAUCAUGGAGCAAUCAGUCGGACAGAUGCAGAAAACCUCUUGCGCUUGUGUAAAGAAUGUAGUUAUCUGGUGAGGAACAGCCAAACAAGCAAGCAUGACUAUUCACUUUCUUUAAAGAGUAACCAAGGGUUUAUGCACAUGAAGUUGGCAAAGACCAAAGAGAAGUAUAUUUUGGGUCAGAACAGCCCUCCUUUUGACAGCGUGCCUGAGGUUAUUCACUACUACACUGCAAAGAAACUGCCUAUCAAAGGAGCUGAACAUUUGUCCCUCCUGUACCCUGUAGCUGUCCGGACCUUAUAAUUGUUCUACGCUCGCUCCUUCCUGUGGAUUGGAGAUUGAAGGCUGCAGCAGCAGAAGGAUCCCUGCAUUGGCAGCAUUUCUUGGAAACAGAGGACCCCUUUCGGUCUUUCCAGAAACAGACUGUUGUAUAGUAGUAUGAGUGGAAUUGUUGCACUACUUUGCAUGUCCUGUGUGGAAACAUUGGCUUCUAUUUAUAUGAGAGAAAAUGGAUUCAGACAUAGAAGAAGAAAUGCCUCUUUUUACAGAAAUCCCACCCUCCCAUGCUCCCAGGAAUGGAAAUCUUGCCAAACCCAAAGAAAGCUCUUGAAAACUUUCUGCCUGUGGGCCCACAACGUGCUCCCUUCCUAGCUGUAUUUGUGGGGAGGGGAGAAUACAUUCAGACCGAAUCUGCAAAUGGACCCAUUCCCUUCUGGGAGCGGAGUGGAAGGGGAGAAAAGAAAACUGGGUUUGCUACACACUCCAGACUUGGGAAUUACUUAUUACACACUCAACCCCAGAUUUGUGAUAUUGUUUUCAUGCGCAAAUUAACCCAACAUAAAGACGCACCUCCCCCCCUUUUUUGUCUUAAUGAGGAUGUCAUUUUAAAGAUCUCAAUGAGUAAUUUUGCUAUGGCAGAAAGUGUUUGGUUAUUUAUGAAUAGGGUAUGUACUUAAAUAGUGGUUUAAUAUAUAAACAUAUAUAAAUAUAUUUUUAUUCCCCUCUCCUUGUGCGGGGGGAGGGGUACAACAAUAAAGCUCUAAGGGUUUUUUGUGCUGAUUCCUAAUUUAAAGGCGAUGACUCAGUUCUGUUUUUUGUUGUGUACGUACAGUGUAAGUGGUGAUGGUUCACUGAUUUCCCAAGGAAGGUCAGGGUGGCAAGGGUUGAUGUUUCAUGACCAUUUCAGACCUAAUGACCCUUCUACAGACAGGCUUCCUCAAGUUGAUAAUGGCAUCCGUGUGAAGAGUGGCCCCACCUCAGGGAUAUGGGGGAAACCCAUGGAUAACUUUCUGUUGUUGUUUUUCAAAAUUACUAAUGCGUAACAAAAUGUAAACUAGGCCUACUUUGUCCCUCCCCCCCCCAAAAAAAUAUAUAUUUUGUCAUGCACAGAAAUCGGGGUAGUUUCUGUACUCCACACAUCUUGUCACUUUCUUCAUAACCAUUUGGAAUAAUUGCUUCCAAAACUCUCUUAUCCUUCACCCUGUCACAACACUUGGCUUCUACCUCAUUUAUAAAGUAUAGGCCCAUCUCUCUUCUUCUGCCAGGUCUGGCAUGUAUUUUUCUCCCUCAUAAAACCAAUUUAAUUGGCAGCCUCUUGAUGUGCUUCUUCUUUUAUACUAAUGGCAGAUACAUUCUUACAAAACCAGUUUUUCCCUGUAAAACAUCCAAUAAACUGGAUUUAAGAUAGGAAGAAGCACAUCAUACUAGGGGUCAGGUGUUCAACCAGCCGCAGUUUAUUAAAUUUGUUAAAAUACUGAGCCCCAAUCUUCUGCAUCACUCUUGUUUAUAGCACUACCCAUUUCUACAUUGGUGCUCUGAGUCAAGAUUCAAAUUUGCAGUUUUCACUGUCUCUUUGUUGCAAUAAGAUUGUAAAAUUAACAUUUUAACUAGACUGCCUUCAAAUAUACAACUCCCUUUCAUUCAUAUGCUGGUUUAGAAGUAUAAUGGAAUAAUUGUUACUCCAGUGACUGUGUAAAAUACUGGUUUGUUGUACUAUACAAUGUGAAAAAAAAGUCCUCAGAUGAUCUGGUUUAUAAAUAGUAUCUUUGUUGCCUGAUUCAUUUUCGUCCCAUAUAGACCAUUUUUUUCAGUAUGGUAUGGAUGACAGAAUUCUGAUUUACCUGUUUGAGAACAAAGAAAUGUAAAAUGUGUGUUGAAUUGGCUGCCACUAAUGUAAAAGAAUGUUCAAAAUAAUUUUGCAUGCCAAGUGUCCCUGUUGCUAUUUGUUUUUUAACAGAUACUGUGGGAUUUUCUCCCUUAAAUGAAGUAAAAAAAGCAUUUUAAACAAAACAAAACAAAAUCAAAACACUUGAGUUCCUUUUUUAUUUUCUUCUCAGGUUUUCUCCAUAGAAUGCAUCUUUGCUCCACACAACUUCCAGAAUCCCCAAAGUUAUUUAAAGAAUGGUCUACAAUUUAAUCUCUGUUAGCUUCAUAUAUAAUACAACUUAUAAUACAAUAGCAGAGUUGGAAGGGACCUUGGAAGUCUUCUAGUCCAACCCCCUGCC